AUGGGAAGUUCUACCUCCUCCCUUGUUGAAGAAGCUGAGGGCGAUGCUGCGUCCCGGGGCUCGGCUCUGCCCCCUUCCCCUGUCAUGGGCUGUUUGAGGAGCAGCCAGAGCACUUUCAUUCCUCGGCAGCUUCCCAGACCCACCAGGCACAGAGAGCGCAGUUUUUCUUCUGGUUCCAUGCCGAUGCAGAGCAGCCAGUGGGCGUGCGGCUGCUGUACCUUCCUCAACGCAGCCGGCGCCCCUCGCUGCUCCAUCUGUGAGGCCCCCCGACAGAGGCCCGAAGCCCGGUGGAUCUGGCGAGGGAUCAGCAGGGAGGAGCGCCGCUGGUCCUGUCCACGCUGUACACUGGCCAACUCCCCCAGCAGUGUGGCCUGCUCCCUCUGUGGCUACACUGGAGGCCGCCAGGAGGCACCCCAGGACCCAUCUGAAGAUCAGCCCCGAUCUCAGCGCUCCAGUAGCUGUUCCGGUUCCCUGAGGCCGUCCCAGAUGGCCACUAUAGAUCCAUGCAGGCAUCAGGACAAUCAUAAGGGAAAGCAGGCAGCAGAUAAGGAGGGAUUGGCUUGGGCUUGUUCAAGGUGCACACUCCAGAACACCCCCAUCUCCAUGUCCUGCUCUGCUUGUGGUGGCCCCCGCAAACUGUCUCUCCCCCAAAUUCCUGCUGAGGCCUUGCUCAUGCCUGAGGUCAGUGAUCAAACAGGAGUACAACAACCAGAACCUGCAGCAGGGGCGCUAUCACUUUCCAUCUCAACCAGAGGGGAAUGUCUACCUGCGGAAGCCCCAUAUCUGUACCCUCCCUCCUCAGUGCUCAGUGCAUCAUCUUCAGGGCACAAUAAUCCAGUUCCCUGCAGCCGUCGAGAGGUGCCACCUCCAGAAGGGUGUCUCAGCCAAGCGCAUAACUCCAGUCCAUCUCCCUCAACACUUGCUGCCUCACAUCUCCCUGCUCAGCAAGAGCUUCUGUCUAGUCGGCGGCUAAGCAUCCUUAAGGAAGAAUUGUCACCGCUGUCACCAGCAUCAGAAAAAUCAUUUCCAUCAACUGCAAUCCCCCUUAACAGGACAGAGCAGUGGUCGUGCCCAGCAUGUACCCUCAUCAAUGAGGUCAAAACCAAGCAUUGCCUGGCCUGCCACACUCCUCAGCAGUACCUAACACAGCUCAAGCCUGCUAUGGCCAUCAAGAGGAAGGAGAGCAUGCUGGUGGAGGCUCGGCGUCAGAAUGAUGAAGGAGAGGCCAAAGAACUGUGGGAGAACAUCAUCAGUUUCUGCAGAGAGAAUGCAGUGACAUUUGUGGAUGACAGCUUCCCUCCUGGCCCAAAGUCUUUGGGUUUCCCAGAAGAUGACAAUGUCCAACAACGGGUCAGGAAAUGGCUGCGCCCCCAAGAAAUCAACUGCUCUAACUUCAGAGACCGUGGGGUAAAGUGGUCCAUUUUUCGCACACUUCGUCCUUCAGACAUCCUGCAGGGACUUCUGGGUAACUGCUGGUUCCUGAGUGCUUUGGCUGUUCUGGCUGAGCGUCCUGAGCUGGUGGAGAAAGUGAUGGUGACGCGCUCACUGUGUCCAGAGGGAGCUUAUCAGGUGCGUCUGUGUAAGGAUGGCUCGUGGACCACAGUGCUAGUGGACGAUAUGCUGCCAUGCGACGAGAAUGGCCACCUCCUCUUCUCUCAGGCCCAGCGGAGGCAGCUGUGGGUGGCACUGAUCGAAAAAGCCCUGGCCAAGCUCCACGGCUCCUACUUUGCCUUGCAGGCGGGACGUGCCAUCGAGGGCCUCUCCACUCUGACCGGGGCCCCCUGUGAGUCGUUGGCCCUCCAGGUCAGUACCACCAACCCCAGGGAGGAACCCAUUGACACCGACCUCAUCUGGGCCAAAAUGCUAAGCUCCAAAGAAGCAGGUUUCCUUAUGGGGGCAUCUUGUGGAGGAGGGAACAUGAAGGUGGAUGACACAGAGUAUGAGUUACUGGGUUUACGUCCACGCCACGCCUACUCCAUUCUUGAUGUACGUGACAUAGACGGUCACAGGUUGCUGCAGCUGAGGAACCCAUGGGGUCGGUUCUCCUGGACAGGGCCCUGGGCAGACGGAUGGCCAAACUGGCCUCCAACCUUGAAGAGGGAGUUGUGUGCCCAACGAGCCGAGGAUGGCCUGUUCUGGAUGGACUUCUGGGAUUUCAUUAGGUAUUUUGACUCUGUGGAUAUCUGUAAGAUCCACUCAGACUGGCAGGAGGUGCGAGUGCCGGGUGUUUUCCCCAGAGGAGCGGACAUCCCAGUGACGGUGGUGUCCAUCACAGUGCUGGAGAGAACCACAGUAGAGCUGGCCUUGUUCCAGCAGGGCAGCAGGCGUUGGGACACAGCGGAGAGCCACCUUUUGGACCUGUGUGUGUUGGUGUUCAGGGCGGGCUAUGACAGCUGCGGGGCUGUGGUACUGGGUCGCCUCCUGGCCCACAGUAAGCGCUCGGUGAGGAGGUUUGUUGGCUGCGACGUCAUGCUGGAGCCAGGGGAAUAUGCUGUGUUGUGCUGUGCCUUCAACCACUGGCAGAGCACCGACGCAGACGGGACAGGUAAGAGCUGUUGCAGGUCAGAGCCUGGUUACAUGCUGGCUGUGUACAGCUCCAGACUGCUGAUGGUGGAGCAGGUAACAGCCUCCACCACCACCAUCGCCGACGCCAUCAUCCAGCUGACCGAGACCAAGGGCGAGAGGCACGAGGGCCGAGAGGGGAUGACCUGCUACUACCUGACCCAUGGCUGGGCAGGGCUAAUCGUCAUGGUGGAGAACCGACACCCCAGACAUCACCUCCAUGUGUCCUGUGAUUGUAGCGACAGCUUCAAUGUGGUGUCAACCCGCAGCAGCCUCAAAACCAUUGACAGCAUCCCUCCUCUUCAUAGACAGGUGCUUGUGGUGCUGUCCCAACUGGAGGGAAAUGCUGGAUUCUCCAUCACACACAGACUGGCCCACCGCAAGGCUGUCCAAGCUUCUCUCGGAAACUGGAGUCCCACCAAGGCAACGCACAGUCCCGCUCUCAGUCCGGAGACAGCGGGGCUUCAUCAACCCCGGCCACUAUAAC